AAGCUGCGAAAUCUCUGCUCCCUUUGUCCAGGGCCAUGGGGUGGCCCUGAAGGCCCAGGCCGUGGCAGAUUCAGCGCAUGCUGGAGGAGAAGAAGGACAUCCCCGAGGUGAAAGAUGGCACAGGGGACCAGAAGAUGAAAGAGGAGGAGGAAAGGGCUGCAAAGGAAGCUUUGGAGAAGGAGAAGCAGAACGAGGAAGUGAAGGUCGACGACGGAUCGAAGGAAGAGAAGGAGAAGGAGAAGGAAAAGGAGAAGGAAAAGGAGAAGGAGAAGGAAAAAGAAAAGGAAAAAGAAAAGGAGAAGGAGAAAGAAAAAGAGCAGUCGCGGGCCCGAUCGGAGCAAGACCGGAAACGCAAGAGGGAUGAGGAACGAGAGGAGCGGGAGAAGGCCGUGAGUCGCCACUACCGUGCCAGUCGAAGAGAGCGGGACCG